CUCUCUCCGCUGCAUGCACUCCCAUUCUUGCCACCUCUUCAAGCAAGCGCGCCACCCAUACGUCAAUGGAGAGGUCAAGGUCCUACUCAGAGAAGAGCAACACAACCACCACCACCACCACCAGCCCGGCCAGCGCCGUCACCGAGCUGAGGUGCUACAGUGCCUCCUACGUCACACCCAAAAAGACAGCGGGCACCACCUGGCCUCCUUGUACUACAGCUUCUUCCUCGACGUCGGCAGCGACGGCCGGCUCGAAUACGAGGUCGUGGAGCGGCAGCUUCCGCAGCGCCCCGGCGGAGCUGCGGAGGAAGAGGAGGGUGGCCGGGUACAGGGUGUACGGCGUGGAGGGGAAGAUGAAGGUGUCGCUCAAGAACGGCGUGAGGUGGCUCAAGGGCAAGUGCACCCAGGUGGUCGACGGAUUUUGGUGAAGCCAAAGGUGCAGAUCGACAAGUUCCUUCUGCCUGGUGAACGUUGCCGUUUCGAUGUUGUACUGUAUGAUCUUCCCUCCGGGAUUUCGUUACUCCAUCCAUGCACUUGUUGGAUGAUCCGAGAGGUCUCCGGUUUUUGCCCCGUUUUCAUAAAUUAACUAGACAAUUCUUUUUUUCCUGAGCUGCUAUAUGUAUGAGUAGUUUCUACUACGAAGAAGUGGACAGUUUACUGGUCGCA